AUGGUUGAGUACGGUUGCAAUGUUGCCAAUAAAUUUGGCUUCAUGUCCGAUGACGAUGAUGUAGAGGAUCCACAAGAGUUGAUCAGCAAGGUUUUCAAAGCCGAAGCUGACAAAGCUGCCGCCCAGAAGAAAGCUGAGCAGGUUGCUGCGAAGCAAGCCCCGUCAAAGGACGCUGUGAAAUCCGUUGCCGCUGGUAAGGAAAAUAACCGUCCUUCUACUGCCGAACGUGGUCGUGGAGGUCGCGGACGUGGGCGAGGAGGAGCUCCUAGAACACCAAGAGAAGGCACAGACAUUUCUGAUCGCUUCGGAGAAGGAGGACGCGGACGCGGUGGACCCCGUGGACGUGGAAACCGACCUGCUCGUGGUGGUCGUGGUGGAAAUGCCGGAUCUUUCGAUGCUCCUAAAGAGGUUUCCUUCGAGGAGAACCCAAGCCAGGAAGUCAGCGCCGAGGGCGGCCGUGGACGACGUGGUGGUGGAGGACGCCGUUUCGGUGGAGAUCGUGAAAACUUCUCUGGAGAUUCUGUUGGACGAGGAGGACGUGGUGGUCGUGGACGUGUUUUCGACCGUCAUUCCGGAUCCGAUCGUACCGGAGUUCGUGGACAAGAGAAGAAGGAAGGACACGGAAAAGGAAACUGGGGAACCGAGAAGGACGAGAUUGUUGCUGAAGGCGAGAACGUAGAGAAGGAAGAGACCAGCGAGCCAGAGCAGCCUCGUGAGAAGACCGAAGAAGAGAUCGCUUAUGAAGCUGAACUCGAGCAAUUCAACAAGUUGAAGACCCUCAAGGAAUUCAAGGCUUCUCAACAACGUCAAGUCCCAGCUUUCAAGACUCGUCGUGCUGGUGAAGGUACUGAAGAGAACUUCGGCAAGCUCGUUCCCAUCAAGAAGGAACACAUCGAAGAUAAGGAAGACGAGAUCGUUAUUGUCCGCAAGGAAAGUAACAAGAAGUUCCUCGAUAUCAACUUCCAAAUCGCUGAAUCUGGACAUCGUGGCGGUAACCGUGGUGCUCCUCGUGGUCGCAACAACGGACCUCGUGGUGGACGCGGACGUGGUGGUCACGGACGUCAGUCUGCUCCUUUCGACGCUUCUCUUGAAGCUUUCCCUGCACUUGGUGCAAAGUAA